AUGUUGCCGUACGGAACCGCGCGGGCUGCCGGGAGCUUGCAGGGCGCCGCCAUGUUGUACGGAACGGAGAUAUGCGUGAUGACGCACUUCCGGUGGCGCAGAGAAGAGAAGGAAAAGGAUGAGAAAAGGGAUUUUUCACAUGGCCUCCUGGCACACCUGGAGUGGCUGGAAUUCCGGGCUCGCCGGGAAGCCGCGGAGCAGGAAAAGCGGGAACGCCGGGAAGAGCGCCGGGAAUUCCUCCUCUCCAAAAUCCGGGAAUUGCGGGAACGCCGCCAUCGGCUCCGGGAAAAACUGGGAGAGGCGGGAAAAGCCGGAAUUCCGAGGAUUCCGAAGGAUCCGGAUCCUCCUGAUCCGCGGGAAGUGCUGGAGUGGAAGAUCCGGAAUUGUCGGGAUUUGAUCCGGAUUUUCCGGCUCACCGGAAUCAGCGGGAAUCUCUCCCAUCCCGGAAUUUCCUUCUCCUUCCACACAUCCUUCGAGGGCUCCUUCCUGGAUUCCUUCCAGCUGGAAUUCCAGGAAUUCCGACACUUCCGGAUCCGCCGCCAUUCCAUCCCUCCCUUCAUCCCCCUGGAGCUCCUGGCCCGGCAAUUCCUGCCCCGGAAUCUCCGGGAAUUCCUGGGAAUUCUCUUCCAACACCUCAACGCCUUCGUGGCCCGCAGGCAGCAGCUCAG